ACUAAGUUUGGUCUACCAGUCCGCUUGGGGGCGGUAGCACUUUGGCUUCAAGGUGGUUUUCCAGAAACACCGUUAACGUAUCUGCAAGGGAAGAGGUAGGCCCUUUCAAGUCUCAUGUUCAUCCCGCGUAAACAAAGCUAGCUAGCUAACUUUUGACAGAAGGAGAAGAACCAAAAUAGAGCAAGGACUGACUUGCCUGGCACUAGCAAUUCUUGGUCAACCACAUUGUGUGAGGUUUAAUGGAAUCUCACACCCUCAAAUGCUGCAAAUAGUUGAAUGUUUUCUAGGGCUUUCCUUGCACCAUGGCUCGACCACUGGGAGAAAGCCAUAAAAGGUUCCUGCAAACUAUGAUGGUCAAUGGGAUCAUUGAUGGUGCCAAGGCAAGGGCUCUUCACCGGCAUUGCUGUGAGACACACGGUGCACACUAUGCUCAUGAUAAACUUGAUGAAUUCAUUGAGGUUAUCAAUGCCCAGCUACAGCCCAUGUUCAUGCAGAUCAGGAAAGGGAUGUCUGAGGAGGAUGGUCUUCAGUACCAUGCUUUGGUGAACAUGGCUGAAACUGAUGUGACCAGGAUGUCAACUGAUUAUGCAGACAACGAGUUGGAAUUAUUCCGAAAAACAAUGGACCUGAUUGUGGACUCUGACAAUGGAACCGCCUCUUCCACAGACAUUCUUAACUGUGCCGACAGCCUCCAGACAAAGAAGCUAAAGAAAAGAGAAACGGAACAUGUACUGAACAGGCUUGUUCAGGAUAAGUGGCUGAAUGAGAAAAAUGGUGACUACUCUCUCUCCACUCGAUGUAUAAUGGAGAUGGAGCAAUAUAUUCGGAUGUUGUAUCAAGACCAGGUCAAGGUCUGCCACAUCUGUCACAAUGUGGCCUUGCAGUGCCAGAUGUGUGAAAAUCCUACAUGUGGCAUCAAAAUCCACACCCCUUGUGUCGCCAGAUACUUCAAAGGAAGGACUGAUCCACGAUGCCCUGCCUGUGAGGACUUCUGGCCACAUGAGAUUCCAGAUGUGUAUAGAUCUCCGUCCUCUCAGAGCGAGACUCAGUCAGCAGCCAAAGAGAAUACGGUCCCCACUCCUCGGUCUACAGCUCAGAUCCGGAGGACCAGGAGGUCAUAACCUCACGGAUGCAUGUAUAGCUGUCAGAACUUUCAGUACAAUGUUUUGCCUUCAUUCAAAUGUACAAAUCAAUCUAGUUAAGUUUGAAAGUUGAAAACGUUUUUAUAAUUGUAUAUCAAAUGUUAGAUACUUUCAGGAGAACAUCUUUCAUUGAAUUGUCAAUGGUCUCCCGUGAGCUCCUCUUAACUUGAUUAUCUUAAUUUUUAUUAAGUUACUUUCUAGGGGAGCAAUUCUGGGAAGUGUGGCAACUACAAUCAUUCUUUCAGGCAGUUUAAAUGGAAAGCUGUGUUUACAUCAUUUGUGCCUGUGGUUCAUUAGGUUGUUAAAUUAGAAUAGUACUGCCUUAUUUGAAUAAAUUAUGGAAAUGACCUAA